ACACCUCCAAGUUUCGGAGCUUACUAUGCCAUGGCAUCUCCACCUCCUCCUCCUCCUCCUCAAACCAGAAGCAACCCUUCAGAUUAUUACUACUUUGUUGUGGCUGUCGCUGCCGUUGCAUUCUUGUUCUUGGCAUCUAGCAUGGUCGCAGCCAGGUGUUGCUCUUCGUGCAGCAUCGUUGAGGCUAUUCGAAGAUUUCUCCGGUCCCGUGGACGCUCGGCCGGUGAAUCCCAUGAUGAAAAGAUCCAAGAGCUACUUCCGGUGUGCAAGUAUCGGAAAGAGCAGGCUCAAGAGUACGAGUGUUCGGUAUGCUUGUCGGUCUUCGUCGACGGAGAAGAUGUCCGGCAGCUGCCCAGGUGCAAGCAUUCAUUCCAUGCUCCUUGCAUCGAUAUGUGGCUCUACUCUCAUUCCAAUUGUCCCGUUUGUCGUGCUGAUGUUCUGGAGCGGCCACCACCUCAGCAUCAGACCGCAGGUGGUGGUGGUGACGGCGGCGACGUCUCCAUGCAGCGGUACACAAUCGAAUCCAGAGGUGCCAGCCGCUUGAUUGUUGCAAUGAUGUGAGUAGCUGUCUAAUUGCUGAUGGCUUACAUGCACAUAGAGAAGAAUAAUAGUAGCUUCUGAGAGCUCAGAGAUUCAUGAAUUUUAGAUGAGAAAGUUCUCAGACAACUAUUCUGUUCUCUUUUUUGUUGUUGUUUUGUUUUUUGGCCUUGGGGAGUAGUCCACAGGUACUUCAUGAAGAGAUUUGCUAUAGGUUGUAUGUUGAUGUCUUUGUAGGUCCACCAGGUAAAUUUUCUACCUUCACGAGAUAGUUGGGCCUUG